CACUCCCCCGCCCCCCACCCCAGUCUGCGUGGAAGGAGCAGCAGAAGCAGCACUCGUAAAGCAGACGGAGGAUCCGGCAUCAGGAGCAGGCGGGGGGAGAAGAGAUCGUCUGGACAGCCCGAGACGAUCAUUCCUGCACCGGGAACCGGGAACCGUCCCGCACACCGGCCCCGCUGAACCGGAGCAGGGAGACCAUCUUCCCCGCGACAGAUACUACCUCGGCUUCAUCGGACAGGUGGGGUGGGGGAAAAAGCGGCCUGGCUAUAGUGCUGCAGUCGCUGUCGUCGUCAAGGAAACCAGGAGCCCGGUCCCGUCGCCAUGGGGAAGCAGAACAGCAAGCUGCGGCCCGAGAUGCUUCAGGACCUGCGGGAGAACACCGAGUUCUCCGACCACGAGCUGCAGGAGUGGUACAAGGGCUUCUUGAAGGACUGCCCCAGCGGCACCCUGAACGUGGAGGAGUUCAAGAAGAUCUACGCCAACUUCUUCCCCUACGGCGACGCCUCCAAGUUCGCGGAGCACGUCUUCCGAACGUUUGACACCAACGCCGACGGGACGAUAGACUUCCGGGAGUUCAUCAUCGCCCUGAGCGUGACGUCCCGGGGAAAGCUGGAGCAGAAGCUGAAGUGGGCCUUCAGCAUGUACGACCUGGACGGAAACGGGUACAUCAGCCGCGAUGAGAUGCUGGAGAUCGUGCAGGCCAUCUACAAGAUGGUGUCGUCCGUGAUGAAGAUGCCAGAGGACGAAUCCACGCCGGAGAAGAGGACGGACAAGAUCUUCAGACAAAUGGACCUCAACAACGACGGCAAAUUGUCCCUGGAGGAGUUCAUCAAAGGUGCCAAAAGCGACCCCUCCAUUGUCCGGCUACUCCAGUGCGACCCCAGCUCGGCCUCCCAGUUCUGAAGCCCCCCCCCCCCCCCACCUCCUUGCUACGACCCUUUCCCCCUCACCCUCUCUGUUGCUUUUGAAUCACUCAAAUCAACGCAUGAUGGUUCUCGUCUCUCGUAUCGAUUUUUCUUUUGUCCGUUUUGUGUGCGACGAUGGAGGAGGGAUUUUAAGGAGCAUAAGAAAAGCCGUCACUAUCAUUUCGCUUUUAUUUAUUUUGUUACAUUUGGAAAAACUGAAGGGACAUUUAAGGAUAAGGCGUCGGUGGCCUCCGCUAACGUUCCCGCGUAUCUCUCCCUCUCUCCCUGUGGAACGAUGGAUUUCCAAGGAGCUCGUGACAAAGUGUGGAUUUUUUCGUCCUCCGACACGCAUGUACAUGGUGUAUAUAUAUAUACUGUAUGUCCCUAUAUGUCACAAGGUGAAGGUCUCCUUCAUGUACGGCUCACGCUCUCUGGCAUUGAAAAGGCAGUAUUAUGUAGCACAGCUUUCCUAGUCUGAUCAGAGUGGUCGGGGAGGAUAGUCGGGAUUUUACUGCUAUAUGAUCUUUUGCUGAAAAAAAAAAGGCCUAAAAUCCCCAUCUGCUUUUUAUUGAUAUCUACUCGCAUUUUUGUUAUUUGUUUUUUAAAAACGAGAUGUUAUUCUUUCUUUAAUUUGUACAUAUUGUUUUCUUUCAUCAAGCGGUUUCAUUUAUUCAUUUUUACUUGUAAUAUUGUGCUUUUAAUUUGAUACGUUAUUCCGGUUCACAGUGAUCGGGAGAGAAGGCGUGAGAUGUGCUGGAUCCUUUUGGGGAGUGGAGGAUCCGCUUAGGCAUCACGAGGGGAACCCCAUUACGCUUUUUUUGAUCAACACCAGUAGCACACGCGGUCCGCCGCCGCCCCGCCGCGUGUUUGUAAAGUCCGGGCUGCGCGCAUUCGGUAGUGAAUGUAACGCGUGCACGUGAACAUGCACUGUGAGUAUUUAGAGGUCCUUCAACAAUCAGAGCGGCCAACGUCUGAGAUCCUGCAUGAUCCUACGGGCCCACGACUCGCACAGGGAUAGCUAACGCACAUCGCCAUAUUUUUAACGCGGCGCAGUAUUUGUCUUGCUUUGGCACUAACCCCCCCACCCCCCAACCCACCAACCCACCAAACCCCCCAACCUCUGACCGACAGGGAACUCACCAAGGGCUCGUUCAUCACUCUCCAGCUGAACGCUUCAAUUACCUCCUGGAUUAGCAGCUAGAUGAAGGGACUUGUUCCACGAGACAGGAUGCACCGGCGUUCCCAUCGGAGUUCUUAAGGUGUCCACGGCGCCAGUGGCCGCGUUCGCGUUGGGUUCGUUGAGGGGAGCGGAAAACGCGUCGACGGGCCGGGAACCCGGUCGGUCGCCCCCCGACGCGAAGAGGAGAUGCAACUUCAAAAAGGGUCCAGAGCUGGACACCACGCAGGCUUCAGGGAGUACCGGCUCCACCCACACCACCCACAAGGCCCUCAUCGGCUGGGCCCUACUGACAUCUUCUGUUUAUUGAGCUCAGGCAUGUAAUAACUAUAGUUCCUAUUAGUUUGAUAGAUCAUUGAAAAGAUCAUUGCAUAAAACAUAGCGUAUUGUUAUCGAUUUAACUGCCACAAAGUAUAUGAAACUUGUACAAAAGGUUUUCCUUUUGAAGGAGCUUCAUUUAAAUGCAGACUGAUAAAAUGAUUCCAGGUGGUUGAGCAUCUGUAUCAUCAAAGGUUUAGACGGACUUUGCACUAUACAUUUUGAGACAAACAGUAACUGGGUGGGAUUUGUCCCUUUAGCGUAUUCCCUGGAUUUCACAAACAAACAUAUGAUUUGUUUAACAGCCCAACAUUUCACUGGCUCACAAACCAAACUAGCGCAGCAGGAGGGGCAAAGUGAGCUUCCAGUGCUGCCGCAUCCACACGUUGGGCCGGACCUCGGAGGGUAACAAACCCGGGAGCAUCUUCUUUGGGAUCCUGAAGUGUCAGUGACCCCACCUGGCAGGAUGAGGAAGUCCAGUUUAGCCCUUUUCUCUCUCGUCACUGCUCCUAAAGAACUGACACCUUGCGUUUGAUAACUAGCCCGCCUUCUUUGGUUCUUCCUUACUAACCUACCUUUCCUUCCUUCCUAUUUUUUUCUGUUGCAUGGAAACCUCUUGUGAGGAUUGUCAUGUUUGUUCCAAUGGAUCUGAAAUUGAUAUAUUGAAAUAUACUUAUGUGUUUCAAAGCUG